AUGAUUCUAGAUUUCACUAUUAUUGACACUAUUAAAGGUAUUUCAUCAAUUCUCUUCGCUAUUAAAUUGUUAAAGACUGAUCUGAAUUCGGAUCAAUCAAUAAUAUCGAUACGUGUUGAUCAAUACAGUGGCAUGCUCUUACGAUUCGCUAAUUUGGCGACAAUACUCAAUCUUCUGUGUAUUACAUUGAAUGAAUACGUUUUCAUUUAUUAUCCACUACGCUAUUCAGAUUUAAUAACAAGAAAGCGAGUUGUGCUUGUGAUUGUUUGUAUUUGGAUAAUUUCAUCUGUGGGAACAUUUGCUAAAAUGAUCGUUGGUCUUCAAAAUCGUAACAUAUGGAUCGAUGACGAAUCCAAUUGGAUGUCAUCAUGUGUUCAUCGAUUACAAACAUCGAGUUCCUCACAAUUCAUUUAUCAUUUGGGUCUAGUUGUCUUUUGUUUACUUUGCCUAGCUGUCACCGCCUACUCCUACAGUAUUCUGUUCAGCGUUGUUUCCCAUAUGGUAAAAGCUGAAGUCAAACAAACUGCAGAAUUGGAGUAUCUGAAGACUCAGCAUAUACUGAAACGACAUAAAUAUGUUGUAGUCAUCGGUACUGUGAUCGGUAUCUACAUUGUGCUUAACAGGAAUUCUUACAAUUCCCGCUCUUCCCCCUAUCUAAUCGUCCGCGAAGGUUUUCGGAUUUAG